GUUUCGGUGUUCGUCCGAUUUGUCGUUUUAUAUGGCGCGGUGUGAGUUGGACCCAGAAUCGAACUCAUAAUUUUAAUAUUUUACAGCCAAUUGGAGGCCUGUUAAUGGUAUAUUAUUUAUCGUAAUUCUACGUCCUGUUCGGUUAUCAAUCAUCAUUCACUUUUUUCUUGAAUGAUAUUCAAACAAACAGGUAUGUUAAACAUUGCAUUAUAACACCAUUAAGCUGGGAAUUUAUAAGAGAGCUGGCCGCCAGAUUGUUGCCCGCCAUCAUGGGCUUCCUGGACCAGUCCAGCACCAAGCCCAGUGGUCCCAUCAUCAAGGAGAGCUUCAUGGUGAAGCGGUCGCAGAACAAGAAGCGCUUCGGGCCGGUCAACUACAAGGACCGCUGGUUCGUGCUGACGUCCACGGUGCUGACGUAUCACGAUGGAGACCCGGAGAGAAAGGGUCGGGAAAAAGGCCGCGUAGAGCUGAGCGCUGUGCGCGUGGUGGAGCCACUUAGCGAGUACGCGCUCGACAGCCGACCGCACAGCUUCCAGCUGGGCUACGGCGAGUACACGCUCUACGUGUCGGCUUCGUCAGAGAUUGAGCGAGACGAGUGGCUGCGCGCGCUCAGGGAACUGUGCCGGGUGAACAGCGGCCUGCUGCCGCGCUACCACCCCUCCAUCUGGCAGAACGGACGCUGGCAGUGCUGUGGACACAUCAACAAGGCCACUGCCGGCUGUGAGGAGGCCACGCCCAUGGGCUCGGCUGACCCGGAGGUCACCGCUACGGACCCCGAACCAGUGGCCUUCGACGGCCCCACAACAGUGGGUGCUCUCGGCGCGCCGGGCGGCGUUCCUGUCCCGUUCACCGGCCAGCCGCUCACACAGACCGCUUCUAUGGCUGAGGCCACCACGCCCACCCCUGCCAAACCGAAGAUUGUGGUGGCGCUCUACUCCUACCAAGCCAUAGAGGAUGGCGACCUCUCGCUCACAAAGGGUGCCGAGUACGAGGUGAUUGACGACUCGAAGGAGCACUGGUGGCAGGCUCGAAACGCUGCCGGUGAGGUGGGCUACAUUCCCAGUAACUAUGUGCAGGAGAAGGAACAAAUCGGCCUGCAACAGUAUGACUGGUAUGCAGUCGACAUGAGUCGUCAGCGUUCCGAGUCGAUUCUCAAACACGAAGAUCGCGAGGGCUGCUUCGUGGUCCGCAACUCCUCCUCCAAGGGCAUGUACACGCUGUCGCUCUUCACCAAAGUGCCACGGUCACAAGUAAAGCACUACCACAUCAAGCAGACGGCCCGGGGCGAGUUCUACCUCUCUGAGAAGCACACGUGUGCCAGCGUGCCGGAGCUGAUCCACUACCACCAGCACAACAGCGGCGGCCUGGCGACGCGGCUCAAACAGCCGCCGCUGGCCGCCGUUCGCUCUGCGCCGGCCACCGCUGGACUCAGCCAUGAUAAGUGGGAGAUUGAGCCUCGGGAGCUUACACUGGACGUGGAGCUCGGCUCGGGCACCUUCGGCGUGGUGCGGCGAGGCAAGUGGCGCGGCUCCAUCGACGUGGCCGUCAAGAUGAUGAAGGAGGGCACCAUGUCCGAGGACGACUUCAUCGAGGAGGCCAAGGUCAUGACGAAGCUACAGCACCAGAACCUGGUGCAGCUGUAUGGCGUGUGCAGCAAACGGAGACCCAUCUUCAUCGUCACCGAAUACAUGAAGAACGGCUCUCUGCACAGCUACCUGCGCAAGAACGAGGCCACGCUGAUCGCCAACAUCGAGGUCCUCCUGCACAUGUGCAUUCAGGUGUGUAAGGGUAUGGCCUACCUGGAGCGUCAUAACUACAUCCACCGAGACCUGGCGGCGCGCAACUGCCUGGUCGGCUCCGAGAUGAACAUCAAGGUGGCCGACUUCGGACUGGCCAGGUACGUUCUGGAUGACCAGUACACGAGCUCGGGCGGCGCCAAGUUUCCCAUCAAGUGGGCCUCGCCCGAGGUGCUCAACUACACCCGGUUCUCGUCCAAGUCGGACGUCUGGGCCUUCGGUGUUCUGAUGUGGGAAGUCUUCACCUGCGGGAAGAUGCCCUACAGCCGAAUGAAGAACGCAGAAGUGGUGGAGCGGGUACAGCGGGGUCACGUGCUCGAACGGCCAAAGUACUGCGCUAAAGACGUGUAUGAGGAGAUGCGGUCGUGCUGGCAGUACAAGGCCGAGGAGCGGCCGGCGUUCUGGCAGAUCCGCGAGGUGCUGCUCACCAUCUACCAGAGCGUGGUGGCCGACUAGGCGCCGCUGUCGCCGCCCGAGGCGCGCCGGCCGCGCCCAGUCGGCAGCUCUUCGCCCUCCGAGGACGGCUCGUGGCGCUCGGACACCGAGUCGCCCGGCCGGCGUGUCCUGCUGGCUGUCCUCUGAGAGGGCGGCGCGGCGCACCGGCCGCGGAGGGCCGUACCAGCCGAGACCAACGACAUUACCUCGAGCGCGCACGGGGAGAGAGCUGGAAAUACUCAGAUUCCUACUGUCGGGUUUGUGACGGAAGUGUGUGGGGACGAGCGGCGCGGCGCCGACUCCGACCUGUCUUUCAGCGGUGGCGGCCGGCCUGGCACGGGGUCCGGCCGAGCCGCCGCCGGGCGGUUUUACACGGGACAGGACGGACGGACGGACGGUCGGUCGAACGGGGAUGCUUGAUACCGAUUGGAACUGACGCGAGUUGACGUGCCGCCUUUUGGAGGACUUUUAUGGUUGUGACGUGCGCAUUUUGCAGGAGGGUCAGUUGUUUGUUCUCGCUCCGAUGUCCGUGUCAAUAGUUAUUAUGGAGGUUGUGUCGAUCAAGCGUUUGUGAAUACUGGUUAUGUGCGUGUGCUCGGUCGCCGCUACGAUAGCAUGGCGGAACCAUUGGAGGUGUUUUAUACAGUAUAUACCGUAUCCGUGUAUCUCAGAGUUGUCGGCCGGUGCGGCGUCAGGGCGCCGGCGGCGGCCCAGACAGUGUUUUAUCCGUCUGAGCUGUAAUUGGACAGCCGAGGCUCUGUUGGCUGUUGGAGGUCGCUCACUAUUAUUGUCAGAUGGACGUGCCUUACAGUGUUCAAUGCUGGAACGCCAGCGCCGCUACAAGUGCCUUCCCAAUGUCGCAGUACUGUUGUGCGAUGCACUAUCUUUUAUCUGUUGUUGGCCAAUCCGCUGUGAUAUUCACUCUGAUAUUCUUUCUUCUACUCUGAUACUCUAUUCGAGUCCUGAGCGACCGUUACUGGUACCGUGCAGGAUGAGACUCUGCUUUAGGAAUCGGAGUACCGAUCUUCGGACAACUCUCACUUUAUUCACUUAGAUGGCAUAGAUCGACUUUUUCUUGCUAGAUGACUCAUCUAUUUCAACAUGAAGACAUUAUCGCACGCAUAAUUCCGAAUAGCCCGUUUUCGUGCAUGGAUUUAUAACGAUUUUAAUAAAUAAAACAAAUGACAAA